AUGAUAGAGAUUGAGGACAACACAUUUGAGGUGGAUACCCUCUCUCAGGAAGAGGAGAGCAUAGAGGAGAUGGUAGAAACCGAGAAGUAUACUGAACGUUUGGCAAUGAACAAUUGUGGAAAUGUUAAGAAUGCAGUUCCACGGAUAUAUAGGAAAUUAGAACCUAUA